ACAUUAUAAUCUACAUAAAUUAAUGGAUGGAUCCGGAAAAGUCGCGACCAGUAACAUGUUGGGAACAAAACAGCUAAUCGUUUCAAAUAUUCAGUCGAGCGUCUGGGUCGCCGCAAAUAGAAGCCACCCCAGCGGGCCAAUCCAUAGUAAAGAAUCGUUUAUUAACGUUUCGAGAAUAAAUAACAGUAAUCCUUUAAACGACGAUGAAUACAUUUUUGAUAGAACAGAUAUAAGAGCAAUAUUCAUCGCUCUUUAUACGAUAGUAUUUUGCUGUUGUUUCUUCGGAAACCUGUUGGUAAUCCUUGUGGUGACUCUGUCAAGGCGGUUGAGAUCCAUUACCAACUUUUUUUUGGCUAAUCUAGCUGUCGCAGAUUUAUGUGUUGGAGUGUUCUGUGUCUUCCAAAAUUUGACGAUAUAUCUCAUACCUAGCUGGGUAUUUGGAGAUUUUUUGUGCAAAAUGUACCAGUUUGUGCAUUCACUAAGUUACACCGCGUCUAUAUUUAUCUUGGUUGUAAUUUGCACUGAACGAUAUUUUGCUAUCAUACACCCUAUAACAUGCAAGCAAAUUCUCACGUCUACCAGACUCAGGAUGGUUAUCAUGGGCGUAUGGAUAACGAGUGCAGCAUACAGCGCACCGAAGUUUAUUUGGGUUGAAACAAUAACGUACAACCUCGACAAUGGGCACUUGGAGACAAUAUGCAUACAGCAUCUAAAGAAAUACAACUCGGAGAUAUUCGAUUUGGUGAAUUUCGGAUUCCUGUACGUGACGCCAUUAUGUGUAAUGACGGUUUUAUAUACACGGAUUGCUGUGGGGUUGUGGCAGAGCUCGCACGGGCUGCAGCACCUAGGGCGCGCUCAGUGCUGCGCGGCGCCCAUUCCGCGCCCAGAGAAGCAACCACUGAACUACGAGCCACAACGCACAUUUGUCGGCAAUAAGGAAGCAAAGCGAGCGAUGAAGGCACUUAAAGCCUGUCGCGACCCGGAGUCCCGCAAAUGCCACCACCUGAGUCACCUGUCACGCAAUGUACUGCGUGCGCGGCGCGGCGUCGUGCGUAUGCUGAUCGUGGUGGUGCUCGCCUUCGCCAUCUGCAACUUGCCUUUCCACGCGCGUAAGAUGUGGCAGCGCUGGUCCAGCGGCUACCAUGGCACCGGUAACUUUAGCACGCUCUUCACACCGCUCACCUUCCUAAUUACGUACUUCAACUCCGGCAUCAACCCGCUCCUCUACGCUUUCCUAUCCAAAAACUUCAGGAAAGGUAUGAGGGAGCUGGUGUUCUGCAAUUGCCGCGGGAAAAGGAAGAGUGAUAACUUAAUAUUGUUAAAUCCAGUGGGUGUCGGCCUGCGGCGUAGCUCGACGCGCUCCACGCGCGCCAACUGCAGCACCGUUACUGUGGCGCCUAACGGAGACUCAUGAGACUACCGACGCCGAAGGUUUCUUUAUAAAGUCGAAGAUAUAGACAUUUCUUGAUUAACGGAAAGCACGGAUGAAGUGACUGAUAGCAGCGGUCUUUACACCAUCUCUACCAUCUCUAAACGAGAUCUAUACGACUAAUAAAGAACUCUUCUACAUAUUUGGACUCU